AUGACGAAAAUAAAGCAGGUACUAGUAGGGCGCUACUACGACAAGGUCAAGCUUCAGAGAGUUUUGGAGGGCCUGUUCCCGGAAGAGAAUGGGGUAUUCGAACUGCGUAUGACCAACGAUAACUGGGUUUUCUACGCCACUAGAGAUGUUACAAUGGAUGAACUCAAAUCCGCCAGACUUCCUAGCACAGCGCCUAAAUGA